GACGACGCGCCGACACUCGCCAUCAACCGUUUGUUCACCAUGUCACAGGGCAACACAGCAACACGGGACUGGCUCACGGAGUGGCAGAAGAUUGCGGCUGUGCCCAAUCUGAACUUACCAUUUGAGCAUCUACGCCGUGAGUUCUACAACAGGUCCUGUGCGGCAUUGAGCCAGGCUCUUGGUGAUCGCGAGCAGUACUCAACCUUCGCGGAGAUCAUUGACAAAGCGAGGGAGAUCAUCAAGACCAACAUGACAGUUUCCAUGGGUCAAGUUUGGCUUGUCCGAGGCGGAGUACAAGAUCCGUGGCCGCUACGGCAGCUGCUAUUGGUGCAACAGCACCAAGCACAAGACCUCCCUGUGCCAAGAUCAGGGCAAGGAGGAUGUGCGACCCCGCCUCAGCUCGGGAAACUGAGCUCCGCGGAAGGUGAGGCGACUCCACCUUCUACUCCGCCAGAUUCGGCCGCCUUGCUAGCGGCCUCCUGCACAUCUGGGGAGGAUGCGAAUGUCGCAAGUCCUCGGUAUACUUACGAGGAUUAUGAUGACCACUUGGUUCCACCGCUGGACCAACCGCUCCACGUGCAACAGUCCACCGCAUGCAUGGUUUCAUCACCAUCGGCAACUGAUUCGGCAGCUUCGCCGCAACCUAUCGCCGGGGAUUCGACGUCAUGGUCAAGACUUGAUGAGCUCGAUCCGUUGACGUUCACGGACUUCCAGUGGAUGCCCGUUCCCUCGACCGGGCGAUUGCCGAAACCGCAUUGCAACGUGCUUAUGGCACAAUUGCGGGACUACUUGCACACUGCAGUACCAGCUCCGUUGAUGGACGUCGGAGAAGAGGUUGUCGACCUUCACGCUUUCAUCGCGAAGAUCGACCGCGAGUUCAAGACGCAACGGUAGGACGACAUCGACGCACCAUUGCUAUACAUACGCAUUCAGAUCGGAGAGGCGACCUGCAGUGCCUUGAUCG